UUUUAUAUUCGUUGGAAUUUAGAUCUCGUGUUUGUAAAUUAAUUUAGCGAUGGCUGAGAAAACAUCAAGCUCUUCACCGAACCUGAUAUGUCCAUUAUGUCUUGAUAUAUUUGUCGAGGCGACGAUCUUAACUUCAUGUGGACACACAUUUUGUAGGAGAUGCCUCAACAAAUACGACCUAACCCACCAGGAUCUUGAUCACAUGGUCUGUCCUCUCUGCAGGGAGAUCACCAAGUUGUCCGCCAACCGUGUCGAUGAUCUCCGCCUCAAUGUCUCCAUCAACGGAUGCGUAGACGAUUACCACGCCAAGUGUGGAGGGAUGAAUGCUGUCCUUGAGAUGUGCCAGAAAUGCACCCCUUGCAAGUCUCUGAAAGACGCUGUAUCAUUCUGCAGAACAUGUAAUUAUUACAUGUGUGAUGAGUGCUUACAUUGUCAUCAACAUCUUACAGUCGUAUUCGAAGGUCAUGAGAUUGUCUCCAUGGAUGAUGUCAUCGAAGGGAAGGUCAGCAUUGGUCAUUUAUUCGAGAAGUGUUCCAUCCACAAACAAAAGAACAAAGAUAUGUUUUGUGAGGAUUGUAAGGUCCACGUCUGUCACAAGUGUGUACUUGUUGGUCAUAAAGCUCAUGAAAUCAAGAACCAGGUUGACUUUGAGAAGGAGUUGCGACGGAAAGUGACAGACCUUGCUCAGCGAUGUGCCGACAAGAAAGCAGAGCUGGAGAAGAACAUUCAGAACAUAGAAAUACAACGUCAUGAGGUACACACUGCAGUGCAGACACUACUAGAUGAUGUCAGGCAAGCCUACAGCAUCAAGGCCAAGGAACUGGAAGAAAAUCUUCGAAAUCUCACCGACCAAAUACAUGCCUUACAGCAUAGUUUUGAUGACGACCUCAAUGUCUUAAAGUCAAAAGAUCGACAGAGGAUCAAGAGUAUUUGUAGUUCAAUUACUUUGGUAGAUAAUGACAGACUGGGUCAUCUUGAGACAGACACUCUAUCUGCUCAUAUCUUGCUCUGUGAGGAGCUGGAUGCCAUGCUGAAGGAGGUUACUGAUCACACUUCUGCGGAAGCUAUUAAGAAGAAAGCACAGGAGAAGAGGUUCAAACCAGCAGACGAUACUCGUCUUGACCUCGGGAGCAUCGCAGAAUAUACUGAUCAUCCAUCUACGGCAACCUUAAAUAAGAAAGCACAGGAGAAGAUGUUCAAACCAGCAGACGAUACUUGUCUUGACCUCAGGAGCAUCUCAGGAUCAGAUCCCAAGAUGGAAGUCAUUCAGCGUGUCGCUCUACGGGGAGGGAUGUCCGGUAUGGCACGGUACUCGCAAAGCAGUGUCGCUAUCGGGUAUGGGAUGUAUUCACAAGGUAUUGAUAUCAUUGAUUCAAAUGGUGGAAAGCAGCGGUAUAGAAACACACCCCUAAGUGACAUGAAUUGUUAUGAUCUGGUUUUGCAACGGGACGGGGCGUUAUGCGUGUCGACUGGUUUUACAGAAGCCUACAUCUAUUCUUCCCUUGGCUCCAGGAAAGGAACAAUCCACGUGAGAAACAGUCGAUAUUUUCUCAGAGUUAAUAGGAGCCCAACAGAUGAAAUCAUCAUUACUAACUAUGGAAAACAAGUCUAUAUCUAUGACCCGACGGGAUCCACUCUUAAACACACUGUUCAAACAAAGCACGAUACGGAGCAGGCAUUUAUCACUGGGUCGGGUUUGAUCGUAACGAGUUCAUGUUGCGACAAUCCAAGCGUGGUGACGGUCUAUGACAGGGAUGGAACUGCUGGUGAGUCUCUACAAGCUCCAGAGUUUGCCUACCUGUAUGCUGCCGUGGAUGAGCAGGACAGGGUGUAUGUAGCGAGUGUUGAUGUGGAUAAUAGUAGCGUCGUGAUCAGGCUAUAUGAUCUUGACGGUCUGAACCUGAAGGAAAGAGUUGAGUUCAAUGCAGUUGAUAUGACAUUGAAAGAUGAGUGGUGUGACUUGGUUUCCCUCUCCCCAGACAUGCUCGCCUUUGCUUGUUGGAAGAAGUUAUAUUUCAUCAAGGUAUCACUGUAAUCCACGUUAUAUCACACCAUGCAGUAUCGAAACUGACAUGCUUUCAUCCUGCUACAAAUCUACUUUAACACGUGUCGAUAUAAAUUUACUUACCAUGUGAUAUCUUCAUCCAAUGAUAAAAUCAGUUAAUGUGAUAGAGAUACGGUACAAUUUAAUUCGUAGAAAAUGUGUUAAUUGAAAAAAAAGACUAUGUGUUGCAGCCACAAGCUCGAUAAAACGUGGAAAUUUUAACAUUUAAUUCAACAUACAAGUGAUAAAUAAAAUGAAUCAAUUAAUAAAGUGUAAAAAUGCAUGUCAUUUUGCACCAAUUUUCCGAGUAUUGAAUAUACUAUUAAGUCUGCAACAAACAUAGGGCUAUCGUGAUUAUCAUUGUAAUUAUCAAGUGAUAGCAAAAUUACUAACUAAAAAAAACCAAGAUAUAACUAAGCAUUUAUUGAGAAUAUAACAAAGUAAUCAGCAAACGUUAUUAAACAUGUAUCAAAAGAAUUACUAUGAUACAUACUAAUGAGUAUAUUUACAGUGCAUAUAAAGGGGUAUAAACGUACCAUUAGCAGAAAGAUUACACUCUAUAUACAGUAUUAGACCAUUUUGCUUUCACAUCAUGCGAAGUUUUCGGACCAUCAUAUUCAUGCAUGAUCGCUAUUUGUUAUUCAGUUAAAUUAUCGUGGAUGAUUGAAUGAUGAAAUGCUUUCUUUUGGACCGUCUAUAAGUUCUUGCAUUUUAUUUCUGAUAAUUAUGUGAUCUUCUCAAAGAGGGAAAGAUAUCCCAACCGCUGAUUACCAGUUAUUAAAAAAUAAAAAAAAAAAAUAUUUGCUAUUAAAAAAUUAUCUUUCUGUUCAACAGUAGUCUUGAAAAUAUACUGUUUUGAUUUUCAUUGUUUUAUGAAUGUUUACGAGACAUGCGAAGAAUAUUUGUAUUCUUCUUUGUCAUAAGUCCCUUUGAAAAAGAAUUGAAGCAAUGUAAUGGUACUUCGUAUAUUAGUGAACAGGUGUAGAUAUGAAUAUAUAUAACUUAUAUUCAUUUGUCAAUAUAUGCGUGUAUAAAGUCUUGAUCUCAAUUAUCAUAUACAUAAUAGUGCAUAUAGAAAUGUAUGGUAUACGGUGAAAGUAUCGUUAUAUUAAGGUGUAGAGGCUUUCUAAGAAUUAUUUAGAGAAAAUUCAUCAGAUAGAUUUCACUUUGAUUUAAGAUUAAGUUCACGAUUGCUAUUCGACUCGUGUACUCAAGUUUUUAUUGCCCGGUGUUCCCUCUCUACAUUUAAGUAUGCAACCAUGAUCACUUUAAAUCCCACCAUUUGACAUCCAUUAAAACUACUCAAUAUUAGCAGUUUUAAAAGUCUUUUCUGCAAUCGAUAUCCCAAAUUUGCACCUAACAUAUUGGUGUAAAAAAUAACAAAACUAAACCACCCCUUAUUUCGAAAUUCAAAAUGGAAGUUUAAUCAAGUAAAAUUAGAUGAUUGUAAACAUUGAUCUGGAAAAAUAAAAAUAACAACUAGCUUUUUUAGUACAGCCCAAACGACGAAAUUCUUUUUGAUCAUUAAUACACAUUUUGAAAAAAAAACGUUCUAAAAAAAACUUCAAGCAAUAAUUCAAGAGACCAAGGUAUCACGUAUAAC